CUACAAUCUAAUUCCUAGCUGGAGUCCCAUAGAUUAGGAAAUAAUUUCACAAAGACCAUAAAAAGCUAUUAAUUAAUUACAAUUUUUAUCACAAAAUCCCACAAUCAAGAAACAAAUCCACCAUCUCUAUUAUUUGAUCAGUCUCCAUUUUUUCGGUUAUAGCAAAAGAUACCCCUGGCCCAGACUGGCAGACUCCACAGAUUGUUUCAAAACAGGAAAGUUCUGCUGCCACUUCCUUCCUUCCUUCCUUCUUCCCAAAAUCAGCCUCUGUCCGACUGUGAGACUGUGACCCUGACGGCCAUUUCCCGCCAAUCUGCUAAAUGGCAGUGUCACUAUAUCCGUCUCUACUAGGAAGGAAAUCCUUGCCCUCCACGCUUCCACUGAGGACGAGAAGAGAAGAGUCCACUCUUUUGACUGGCCCUCUCUUCCUAACUCGUGGGCUCUCUCCUUUUUCAUUCUGUGGUCUACAUACUCUGUUCUAUAAACACAGACAAUGCCGCUCAACCCUCCUCUUCCAAAGUCCCGUAGGUAGAAAACUUACAGAAACCCAUUUGCGAGGAAGAGCUCAGCUCAGUCAUGGAAAAUUUUGAUCCAACAAAGCAAGCUUCUCUAGCCUCUCUUCUCUCUACCUACUCAUCAUCGUCAGGUGGCAAUGAGUUGUUUCUUCUGAGACCCAUUUUCCUACAUGGGCUUUCCGGUUCAUUGCACCUGGUUUUGUUGCUCAUCUUUUUUCUCUCGUUCCUAAAGAAGAAAUUCAGGGUAGGUGAUGAUGCUAGUGACGGCGCCAAGGAAGGCUCGUCAGGUAAGCACAGAAGGUGUUUGUGCUAUAACCUGACCGUGCUCUGUUCCCUUGGCGUUUCGUUGUUCAAUCUCACGUUUUGUCUAUUCAGCUACUUCUAUUGGUAUAUGAAUGGGUGGUCUGAUGAUGAUGAGUUUUGGACCCUAUUGGAUUUGGUUCUUAGAACUUGUUCUUGGGGUGGGCUUAGUGUUUUUCUGCACACCCAAUUUGCAAAUACUGCCGAGACUAAGUUCCCAUUUCCCUUGAGGGUCUGGUGGGGGUUUUAUCUCGGAAUCUCCUUUUAUUGCCUUGUUGUGGACCUUGUUCUCUACAACAAUCUCCAAUCCUAUUCCCAGAUUCCACGUUUGGUUUCUGAUGCAGUCUCUGUGGUCGUUGGUCUGUUUCUCUGUUACGUCGGAUUCUUCAGAAACACGAGGGAGAAGAAUACACUUCUGGGAGAGCCUCUCUUGGGUCAAGAGUCUAGCUUAAAACUUUCCAGAGCGGAUGCCACUGCCACUCCUUAUUCGGAUGCUGGUGUUCUGGGUCUUUUGUCUUUCUCUUGGAUGGGUUCUCUGAUUGCUCUUGGCAAUAAGAAAGCUCUAGACCUUGAGGAUGUUCCUCAGCUUUAUAAAGAUGAUAGUGUUGUUCAGGCAUUCACAUCUCUUAAGCAGAGGAUUGAAUCGGAUGGGGGCUCUGCUAGUGAAGUUACAGCAUUCAAGCUUGCAAAGGCUUUGUUCUUUACAGCUUGGAAAGAGAUCCUAUUGACGGCUUUUCAAGCCCUGUUGUACACAGGAGCAUCUUAUGUCGGUCCAUAUCUCAUAGAUGCUUUUGUUCAAUGCCUAAGUGGGCAAGAGGAGUACAGGAAUCAAGGAUAUGUCCUGGCUUCUGUGUUCUUGGUUGGCAAGAUUGUCGAGUGCAUCACGCAAAGGCUAUGGUUCUUUAAGUUGCAACAAAUUGGCAUGCGGUGGCGCGCAGCAGUAGUUGCAAUGAUCUACAACAAAGGGUUGACUCUCUCCUGUCAGUCCAAGCAGGGCCAAACUAGUGGAGAAAUCAUCAACAUCAUGACAGUGGAUGCUCAAAGAUUCGGUGACUUCUCUUGGUACAUUCAUGAUACAUGGCUGGUUUUUUUACAAGUCGGUCUAGCCUUGUACAUACUGUACAGGAAUUUGGGGCUUGCUUCUAUAGCAACUCUCGUUGCCACUAUAAUGGUGAUGUUGCUGAAUUUUCCUUUGGGGAGAUUGCAAGAGGGAUACCAGGAGAAGCUGAUGAAGUCGAAAGACAAUAGAAUGAAAGCAACAUCGGAGAUUUUGAGGAACAUGAGAAUUCUGAAGCUGCAGGCUUGGGAGAUGAAGUUUCUGUCCAAGAUUAUUGAGCUGCGGAAGAUAGAGACGAUAUGGUUGAAAAGCUAUGGUUACGCUGCAGCUUUUAUUAGCUUUGUUUUCUGGGGUGCCCCUACCUUUGUCUCAGUUGUCACCUUUGGUACAUGCUUUCUUUUGGGCAUCCCACUGGAGUCUGGGAAAAUCUUAUCAGCUCUUGCAACCUUUCGGGUUCUUCAAGAACCCAUCUACAGUCUUCCUGAUACCGUCUCCAUAGUGGUUCAGAUGAAGGUUUCGCUUGACAGAAUUGUAGCUUUCUUGCGUCUCGAUGAUUUGCCGGAUGAUGUAGUGAAGAGGAUUCCAAGAGAAGCUUCUGAAACUGCUAUUGAAGUUGUUAAUGGGAGUUUCUCUUGGGAUUCAUCUUCACCAAACCCCACACUGAGAGAUGUAAAUCUGAAGGUGUACCGUGGGAUGAAGGUUGCUGUUUGUGGUACUGUUGGUUCAGGCAAAUCAAGCUUGCUCUCCUGCAUUCUGGGAGAGGUUCCGAAGAUCUCUGGCACCAUCGAGCUGUGUGGGACAAAGGCUUAUGUUUCUCAGUCACCUUGGAUACAGAGUGGCAAGAUUCAGGACAACAUUUUGUUUGGCCAAGAGAUGGAUAGAGAAAAGUACGACCGAGUACUGGAAGCUUGUGCACUGAAGAAGGACAUGGAGAUGUUUUCAUUUGGCGAUCAAACAGGAAUUGGUGAGAGAGGCAUCAAUUUGAGUGGAGGACAGAAGCAGAGAAUUCAGAUUGCUCGUGCCCUCUACCAAGAUGCCGACAUCUACCUGUUCGAUGAUCCUUUCAGUGCAGUGGAUGCUCAUACUGGAUCUCAUUUGUUUAAGGAAGUCUUGCUGGGUCAUCUGAGUUUCAAAACUGUGGUUUAUGUCACUCAUCAAGUUGAAUUCUUACCUGCUGCAGAUCUAAUUUUGGUAUUGAAAGAUGGAAGGAUAACACAGGCUGGAAAGUACAGUGACAUUCUCAACUCAGGAUCUGAUUUCAUGGAACUUGUUGGUGCACAUAAGGCCGCUUUAUCUGUGAUAGAUUCCAAAGCUUCAAAAUCUGAGAAUGGAAGUAUCAUCAGUAAAGAAACUGGCAACAUGGGCAAUAGCAAUGGAAUUGAGCCGAAAGAUGGAGACAAGGUAUUGCAAAAUGGUAAAGAAGACGAGACAGGCAAGCCACAGGGUCAGCUUGUUCAAGAAGAAGAGAGGGAGAAAGGAAGAGUUGGAUUUUCAGUCUACUGGCAGUAUCUCACCACAGCAUAUGGAGGAGCUCUUGCACCACUUGCAGUGCUUGCACAUACAAUGUUUCAAAUCCUCCAGAUUAGCAGCAACUAUUGGAUGGCUUGGGCAACUCCAGUAUCAAAGGAUGAGGAGCCUCCUGUUCCUCCAAUGACACUGAUAGCUGUAUAUGUAGUUUUGGCUGUUGCAAGCUCUCUUUGCAUCCUAGGCAGAACCACUCUCCUUGCAACCAUAGCUUACAAGACAGCAACCCUGCUCUUCGACAAGAUGCAUUUGUCCAUUUUCCGUGCUCCCAUGUCGUUUUUUGACUCGACACCUAGUGGAAGGAUACUCAAUCGGGCUUCCACUGAUCAAAGUUCUGUGGAUCAGCAAAUUCCUUACAUACUUGGGGCAACUGUCUAUUCAAUGAUCCAGCUUCUGGGAAUUAUUAUAGUGAUGUCUCAAGUGGCGUGGCAAGUUCUUAUUGUUUUUAUUCCAGUUAUUGCUAUCAGCAUCUGGAUUCAGCAAUACUACAUACCAGCAGCUAGAGAACUUUCGCGGCUGGUUGGAGUAUGCAAAGCUCCUGUGAUCCAGCAUUUUGCUGAAACAAUUUCAGGCACAAUCACCAUAAGGAGCUUUGAUCAACAACCAAGAUUCAAAGAGACCUCUAUGAAACUUACAGAUGCAUAUUCCCGCCCCAAGUUUCAUACUGCUGGAGCAACGGAAUGGCUUUGCUUUCGUUUGGACUUUUUCUCUUCUAUUACGUUUGCCUUCUCUUUGUUUUUCUUGAUCUCUUUCCCUGGAAUAGAUCCAUCCCUUGCUGGCUUAGCGGUGACAUAUGGACUCAAUCUAAACAUGAUUCAAGCUUCGGUGAUAUGGAAUAUGUGUAAUCUGGAGAACAAAAUCAUAUCAGUGGAAAGAAUUCUUCAGUACAUUUCUGUUCCAAGUGAGCCUCCUCUUGUAAUAGAAGAGAGCAGACCAGACCCUUCUUGGCCAGCACGUGGAGAAGUCGAGAUUGAUGGGCUGCAGGUUCGAUAUGCCCCUCAUUUGCCACUUGUGUUGAGAGGUCUUACCUGCACAUUUGAAGGAGGAAAGAAAACAGGAAUUGUGGGCAGAACGGGAAGUGGUAAAUCAACCCUUAUACAGACACUUUUCAGGAUUGUGGACCCAACAGCUGGGCGGAUUACGAUCGAUGGCCUCGAUAUCUCAUCGAUUGGACUCCACGAUUUGCGUUCAAGGCUCAGCAUCAUACCUCAAGAUCCAACCAUGUUUGAAGGGACUGUAAGAAGCAACCUGGACCCUCUUGAGGAAUACUCUGAUGAACAGAUUUGGGAGGCUCUGGAUAAGUGCCAACUUGGAGAUGAAGUUAGGAAGAAGGAGAAAAGGCUGGACUCUGCAGUGACUGAAAAUGGAGAGAACUGGAGUAUGGGACAAAGACAGCUAGUAUGUCUUGGUCGUGUUCUGUUGAAAAAGAGCAAAGUGUUGGUUCUGGAUGAAGCUACUGCCUCAGUAGAUACAGCAACCGAUAACCUGAUUCAGCAGACUCUUAGACAACACUUCUUUGACAGUACGGUUAUCACCAUCGCCCAUCGAAUAACAUCUGUUCUUGAUAGCGACAUGGUUCUUCUGCUCAGUCAUGGGUCGAUUGAAGAAUAUGAUACACCAGCAAGAUUGUUGGACAACGAGUCGUCCUCAUUUGCACAACUUGUUGCCGAGUACAGUGAGAGGUCGAAGGAACAGUAUUGAGCCAACCAAAAGCUCCUUAAAAGACCAUCCAACUGACAUCAGAUAGCCAGAAGUUGUGCUGCUGUUUGCUGCCUCUGAUGAUGAUGAUGAAAAUUUUGGGAAUGUUGUAUUGAUGGAGGGAAGAGUUUUGUGCAGUCAAGUUUAGGCAUGAGUUUCUUCCCGCUUAAGUUCCUAAAUCUUAAGAUGUUGCAUGCAGCUUCUAUCUGUACCCAUACGAAACACUGAAUAACAUGCUUGGAAGCUAUUUUUAGUUAUUUCCAAUGGUUGUGAAAAAUGACAUUGUACCGAAAAAGUAACUAAAAAGUUAGUAGUAUGAUAUUUUGUACUAAAAUUGUAGUUGAAUUGUGGUUU